AAUAUGAACAUCAUUUUUACGUCACCGUGCUAAUUGAUAUACGCAACAAUUGAAAGCAAUAGCAAUUACUAAUAAAUCCCUAAAGAGCUCUAAAAAAGCGACCCUGUUUUAUUCAAUUAAUCUUAAAUAGUUCGUUACAAAAGUUUUCAAUGAAAUGUCCCUAAUUGAGUUCAGAUUUUGAACUGAUUAUCAACUUUUGUAAAUUGAAGAGUAAGUAAUUUCAUUUCGUUAUUAAAAAUGACCGCAUGAGAGAAAGCGUGAUCACGAGCAAAGUACCCAUUUAUUUACAGACAGUUGAUUACGCAAGUUUGCUGGUUACGCAUUACCUGCCCCGUCGCAAAUGUUUCACACAGAAAAUUACAAAAAUUCAUUGUGAGGUGAAUAGUGUGACUUGUGAGUGUAUUUUAUGAUAGGAAAGGUUAAACGUGCACCUAUCUGUACUGUAGUAUUGACGUUGUUCAGGUUGAAAGUAGUACAUGGUUACGUGAAUCAUGAGUGUUAUUGCGGUAAUUUUACUAGUAAUCACUAUUUGUAUUGUUUUCAUUCCAUGGUACAACAAGCAUAGAAGAUAUAUUAAGCACUUGGAACGAUACCCCAGUCCUCCAAGGGUUUUUUUACUGGGAAAUGCACUGGAUUUUAGACAACCUACAGCUUUUAUACGAAAGUUUGGCGAAUACGCCAGAUUAUAUGGAGAUGUAGUUAAAAUCUACGUGGGUCCAUUUCCUACUAAAUUGCUGGUUUCAAAUUACAAACUAGUGGAGCAGGUUCUCAGCUCAAACAAAAACUUGAAUAAAGGAAAAGAAUAUCAAUAUUUAUCCAAGUGGUUGGGUAGGGGAUUACUCAUUUGUGAUGGAGAUAGCAGAUGGAAGAGUCACAGGAAACUCCUUCUUCCAUCAUUUCACGUGCAAGUAUUUGAAGAGUUUCUCCAUGUGUUUGAAACCAAGACACAGCUGUUAGUGCGAAAACUGGAAACAGAGUUGGAUUCUUCGUCAUUUGAUAUUCAACCGUACAUACAGUUGUGCUCUUUGGACAUCAUUUGCGAAGCAGCAUUGGGAACAUCAAUUCAUGCGCAAGAAGAUGGUGAUUCAGAUUAUGUGAAAAGUAUUAGUACUAUGUGCACACUGUUUAUAAAGAGGUCGUUCAAUCCAAGGCUACGUAACAACUUCUUGUAUAAAUAUUCAGACGUGUACAGGGAGGAAGAGCGCGUUAUAAAAAUCCUUCAUCGUCAUAGUAGCGAAAUUGUAGAACGCAGAAAAAAAGAAUUGCAGCAAAUGGAACUUGUUCAAGAUGAAUUUGGACUAAAGAAGAAGCUUACAUUGUUGGAUUUAGUACUGGUGAAACGCAAUGACGUUCCCACGCUUACCGACAUUGCAAUUAGAGAAGAAAUUGACACCUUUAUGUUUGCUGGCCACGACACUACUGCAGCCGCAAUGGGUUUCACAAUAUUUUGCCUUUCUGAAUAUCCACACAUUCAGAAUAAGGUAAUGGACGAGUUAAAUGCGAUAUUUGUAGGCGACGUAAACAGAUCAGUUACACUUCAAGAUAUUAACGAAAUGAGAUACCUCGAGGCUGUGAUAAAGGAAGCGUUACGAAUUUACCCACCUGUACCGUACUAUUCUAGAAUGGUGACCGAAGAGCUUAACUUUGAAGGCGGAAUUAUCCCUCAGGGCAUUUCGUUGUUAUUGGACGUAUAUGGACUGCAUCAUAAUCCGGAGUAUUUUCCGGAUCCAGACAAAUUUUUACCUGAACGAUUUUUGGGCGAUCGAGGUCCAAAUGGAUUACCAUAUUCUUAUAUACCAUUUAGUGCCGGACCAAGAAGUUGCAUAGGACAAAAAUUUGCAAUGUUAGAAAUGAAAACCGCGCUAUCAAUUUUACUGAGACAUUAUGAAUUUCUUCCUUCCACCCCAAAACAUAUCCUUUCAUUGUCGGCAGUAAUCGUUUUAUCAUCAAGUAAUGGUGUUCGUGUUCGUAUAAGGAGGAGAAUAAAGAGGACAACAUCACCAACUGGAUACAACUCUUGACCAAUCAAGCUAAAUAAAUCUGCGGAUCAUUGAUUACUGCCAAUACUAUUUUUGUUGCUGUGGUAUUUUAAAGAAUAGACACCCUAGAGAAAAAACCAAAUAAAUCUGGGAAAUAUACGAAAAGGCUCAACAUUGACAGUACUCUAGUCUUGUAAUGAUUUAUCUGUUGUUUAUAACUAAAUAUACCGCAUAUUUAUAAAUAG